CGGAAGAGCCGCGGACAGCACAUCAGAUCCCAGAUCUGUUUCUCCAUCAACGGACAACAUCCAACAGGGGGAUUUUUAACAGCCACUUUAGACUCUGGUCGGAGCUCCCUUGUCGCACACGUGUGUGUUGCAGUAAGGAUGUGGAAGUCAACAGUAGGACAGCAGGUCACUGUGUCUGUAAAUGACGAGGGGGACGACUGGGAGACUGACCCUGACUUUGAGAAUGACGUAUCAGAGAAGGAGCAGCGCUGGGGGGCCAAGACGGUGGCGGGCUCAGGACAUCAGGAACACAUAGAUAUAUGCCAGCUGCGUAUGACCGUGUCGACGGAGCAUACCAGCUUGAAGCAGAGGGAGUUGGACACCAUGCCCAAGGCCUCACAUGGAUAUGGAGGAAAAUUUGGAGUGCAGCAGGACCGAAUGGACAAGUCUGCUGUGGGUCAUGACUACCAGAGCAAGCUGUCCAAGCAUUGCUCCCAGACGGAUACUGCCAUGGGAUUUGGGGGAAAGUUUGGAGUGCAAGCUGACCGCGUUGACCAGUCAGCUGUUGGGUUUGAAUAUGCUGGGAAGACGGAGAAACAUGCUUCGCAGAAAGACUACUCCACUGGGUUUGGGGGGCGAUACGGCGUGCAGAAAGAUCGUGUUGACCAGAGCGCAUUGGGCUUCGAUUACCAGGGCAAAACUGAGAAACACGAAUCCCAGAAAGAUUAUGCCAAAGGCUUUGGCGGCAAGUUUGGUGUGGAAACCGACAAGGUGGACAAGAGUGCCGUGGGCUUUGAGUACGAGGGCAAAACGGAGAGGCACGAGUCCCAGAAAGACUAUGUGAAGGGCUUUGGGGGCAAGUUUGGUGUGCAGACGGACAGACAGGAUAAGUCAGCACUGGGAUGGGACCACCAGGAGAAACUACAGCUUCAUGAGUCCCAGAAAGACUAUAAGCGGGGGUUUGGAGGGCGGUAUGGGGUAGAGGUGGAGAAGCAGGACCAGUGUGCUCUGGGCUAUGAGCACAAGGAGAGCCUGGCUAAGCACGAGUCCCAGACAGAUUAUUCUAAAGGAUUUGGAGGGAAAUUUGGUGUCCAGAAUGACCGGAUGGAUAAGAGCGCAGGGACUUUUGAGGACGUUGAGAAGCCGACCUCAUCUUACCAGAAAACCAAACCUGUGGAGGCUGCUUGCAGCAGCACGGGAAGCAUCAAGGCCCGCUUCGAGAACAUCGCCAAGCAGAAGGAGGAGGAGGACAGGAGGAGGGCCGAGGAGGAGCGAAUGCGUCGACAGGCCAAGGAGAAGCAGGAGCAAGAGGAGGCGCGCCGUAAAAUCCAAGAGACGGCCAAGGCCCCUUCUCCAGUCCCUGCAGCAAGUCCCAGCCCCACUCCCAGCCCGACUCCACCAGUCCAGCCAGCCACCACCCCGGUGUACCAGAAGACAGAGGAAGUGUCCCAUGAUGCCGCUGAGGAGAACGGAGAGCAGCCGUACGAAACAGAGCCACAGCACCAGGAGGAGGAACUCUACCAGACCCCUGAGGAGACGGCAGGAGGAGAUGGCCAGCAGUACGAGUACAGCGAGGACCUCGGGGUGACAGCAGUGGCCCUGUACGACUACCAAGCAGCUGGUGAUGAUGAGAUAUAUCCUUUGACCCCGAUGACAUCAUCACCAACAUCGAGAUGAUCGACGAGGGCUGGUGGCGAGGCGUGUGCAGAGGCGCCUACGGCCUUUUCCCGGCCAA